UUUUCUUCUUUUAUCUUUUUUUUAAGCAAAGUUUAUUUAUAAAAGCAUGUAAAGUCUACGCAGGUUGCCCGAGUAACGUCAUAUUAUUUAUUUGAAGAAGAAUCCGCGAAGAGCAAAGUAAAUUUCACGAUGAUAUGCAACAGGUUCUGAAUGCGUCUUUCUCGUUGUCCUGCUCCGUCUCUCACUCGAGAAUUAACAGUUACGAGUGAAAGUGAUGUGGUCUGGCUGACGCACACCUAUCCGACUCCUAACAGUUCGCAGUGCAUGGCCGAACGGAUAGGUUCUGCUCUACGUUUUUACUACGUAUUAUGUUAUUAAAGCAUAUUGCUUACGGUUUUAUCUAAAACAUAUGGAACACUACACCGUCACAUUAUUGUUAUCGUUAUCACGCACACAUUACGAUAAAAAAAACAAGCAUAUAUUAUUAUACUAACAAAAAGGACGUGUCAUCACAGAUAGUGUUCUUUAAAUACUAUAUAAACGGUGCAGUAUCACAGAAACCCUACAAUAUAUAAUACUGUUGCAAUUCGCGUUACAACGCAUUAAAUAUAUCGCAUCAAAGAAAAUCGGCGCGUUAUGUCUUUCACCAUUGUGACGUUUCUACUCACGAUUCUACUUUUUGGGACUAACGACGCUCACGAACUCUUAAAAUUAAAACAUAAUAAAGUAGUCGUUUGCUACGUUGCAUCUUGGGCAGCCUACAGAGUGGACAAUGGUGCGUUUUCCAUAGGAAAUCUGCGUCCAGAGCUUUGUACCCACUUAGUGUAUGCAUUCGCUGGUUUAAAUGUUACAUCCUGGAAGAUUAGAAGUCUCGAUCCUUGGGCCGAUAUGGAAAAAGACGUAAUAGGCAACUACAGGAAGAUGACAGCUCUUCGACAAAAAUAUCCAGGUUUAAAAGUAUCACUAGGUAUCGGUGGAUGGAACGAAGGCAGCAAAAAUUAUUCAAAUCUCGCUUCGUCACCGAAUCUUAGAAGAACUUUUGUCGCCAGCACCAUCGAGUUCCUCAAGACGUAUGAAUUCGACGGGCUGGACCUUGAUUGGGAAUUCCCUGGUAGUCGUGGAGGUGCUCCAAGUGAUAAACAGAAUUUCGUUCAUCUCGUGAAGGAACUGAGCGAUGCUUAUAGAGAACAUCACCUUUCGCUGACGGCAGCUAUUAGCGCAGACAAGAAAACUAUUGAUUUAGCGUACAAUAUACCUGAAAUUUCCAAAUAUCUUAAUCAUAUUUUCGUGAUGGCAUAUGAUUAUCACGGUACAUGGGACAAGAAGGUUCUACCGAACUCUCCGCUCCGAAGCAACGACGGAUUAAGUGUGGAAGAUAGUAUUACAUAUUUGUUGGAACGUGGAACUCCAAGCGAGAAACUAGUCUUAGGAUUACCGAUGUACGGAAGAACAUUCAUUCUUGCAAAGAAACCUGAAGAGCCUAAUAUAAAUCCGAUUGGUCUUCCAGCUCUGACAACUGGCUUCAAAGGACCUUACACUGGCCAAGAAGGUUUUAUGGGAUUUAAUGAGAUCUGCGAAUCACUAACAAAAUAUUCAAAUGAUUGGACUAAGGGAUGGGAUAGUGAUACUAGCACAGCUUACGCGAUUAAGGAGGAUCGUGUUGUCGUUUAUGACAAUAUCAAAACUAUAAUGGCUAAGGUGGAGUAUGUAAAGAAGAAGAAAUUAGCGGGUGUUAUGGUGUGGAGCAUCGACACAGAUGACUUCCGAGGUGAAUGCUAUGGGUCCGAUUUCCCGAUCAUGACAGCCAUUAAUAAAGUUCUAGCAAACACCACUACUAUUGAUGUAAAACCACCAGUAGCUCCAAACGCAUCGUCCAAGCAAUUACUUUCACACGUCGUCUUAAUAUUAUCGUUCAUGAUGAUUUAUCUUACAAAAUUUAAUUAGAAUUAUAUAUAUUAUUAUGUCUAUUCAUAAAAUUUAAUUGUUACGUUAUAUGCGAGUGAUAAUUUCAUUUGUAUUAAUCAACAAAAGAAAAUUCGAUUUUAAGUAUAUUUAUGUUUAAAGAGGAGAAGAGAGUAUGUGUGUGUAUGUGAAUAAUGACGAUAAUAACUUUA